AUGGAAACCAGUACUCUCAAGGAAAAAGAUGUACGGGCUUCGGUCAAAAUCAGUCGCCGAGAUCUUGAGUCUCGCUUCGAAGACGAGAAAUUGUGCUACCAAUUGAGCUACCACUCUGUUGGUUGUUCUGACAAUCGGCCUGAUGAUUCGGAUGCUUCAUUCUGCCGCUAUGAGGCUCCAGAGAUUGCGGAACAUUGUCAAGUCAAUGGCUACAAGUCCAGGCUGGCAUUGGCUCAAGCUAUCCCGCAUGAUGGCAUGAUUGCGCUCCCAUUCAACUUCUUCUACUCCGCUGCAAGCGGUUGGAAAGAGUAUUGGAAGGCCAUAGAAGAGGGCCAAAGCAGCCAGGGAGUCGCUGAGCUAUGGUCAAUUGUCUAUGCUCUCGAAAAAAUUGAAGCCGAGUGGCGAGGGUUCAAUAAGUAUAUCGACAGUCUGCUAGUCGAGAAUUUCAUGAACCCCAGGACUUAUAGCAAGCUUUUGUUCGACGAUGCGUCAUUCAGCCGGUCGAGGCUCUACUUUUGGAUCCUGGGUUGUCUCAACGAGUUUGAUGUUGUCAUCGAAGAUAACAUCAAGCAGUGGACACUUUAUAGGCAAGCCCGGGUUGAUAAGCUACUGAAACGGUUCGCCAGACCCGCUACUGCUUUUUCAUCGGAGAAGUCGCCCGAAACACCUCCUGGAAAGGCUCAUGGGAGCUUGCCAACCCGACGUGACCCAGACAAGGAACUCAAAGAAUUCCGAGAGCUCGCCAGAAAGGCCGAAGAUAUUCGACAAAGCUUGGAAGACUCGCGAGCCCAUUCAAAGCAAAGUACAAGCAUUGCGCGAUGGCCUUUUCAACGCCAGUGCCCUUAUGGAGAGCAGAUCCUCCACGCGUCUGGGCAUGAAUGUACAGCUCCUUACGUACGUGAGCAUAUUCUACCUCCCGUUGGCUUUUUGUGCGGCGCUCUGGGCGAUUCCAAACAUCACCGACAACAACACGCGGAGUCCUUCAUUGUCACUGCUGUGCUCGUGGGCUUUAGUACGUACGCGAUUGUCUUCAAUCUCGAAAACAUCGCUCGGCUUUUUGGAAAAGUGUUUUUCGGUCGCAGAUCCCGACUGUUGCAAGACAUGAAAAAGGAUCCUAAAUUCAUGUGGCGGCAGAAGCGAUGGCAAUUCGAAGAAUUUCCUUCAAAUGAGGGUCUAACAAGGCCUUCUGAGUGGUGGCUUCUUUGGUAUCAGAUUGUCAGGCUGGUUCGAUGGAAGAGCCUCGACGAUGACGAAUAA